AUGAAGAAGAACUCUCUGUUGUGUUGGUUUCUUCUGUUAAUCAGCGGAAUGACGUUGACAUCUGUUUAUGGCUCUAUGUAUUCAGACGUCGAAACUCUUCUUCAGGAUGUCUUUAAGAACUACUCGUCAGAUAUACGACCAAAAGAGAACUUCUCUGAAGUUUUAGAAGUUUCUCUUCAGCCGUUCAUGUUUUCAGUGAAUGAGUUUGAUGAAGUUUCUGGUGUUAUGUCCAUUGUAUGUGGAUUUUUUCUGACAUGGCAUGAUUUUCGGUUGACAUGGACACCAAGCAACUAUGGUGGCAUCCAGGAUAUUCCUGUUCCCAAGCAGAAAUUAUGGGUGCCUAAUAUUUUUCUGAUUGAUCCAGCUAACAAAAUGGAAGCAGUUGGAAGUGAUGACUUUAUAGGCAGAAUUUCGUACUCUGGCGCAGUGUCCUGGGUUCCUGGGGGACUGAUUCAGACUUUGUGCAACGUUAACAUGUAUAAAUUUCCUUUUGAUGUGCAGACAUGCUCUUUUACUUUAGUUUUGUGGGGAUAUUCGCAAUUUGAAGCUAAAUUAACCCCUUUUAACAAUUUCACAUUCGUGGAUACUACUUAUUACACGCCGAAUGCCCAAUGGACGUUGGAAAAGACAGUAAUGAAACCAUCUGCACUUGGGGGAUAUGAUAAUUUAAUUGAAAUACAAUUGAUUUUGAAAAGGAAAUCUCUUUAUUUCGUCAUAAACAUGUUAGCCCCAAUCCUUCUACUGUCCUUACUCAACCCUCUUGUGUUUGCCUUACCAGUUGAAAGUGGAGAACGUGUAUCUUAUGCUAUAACAAUCUUCUUGUCAUUUGCCGUAUUUAUGACCUUGCUUAGUGACAGUAUGCCUAAAUCUUCUGAACCAAUGUCUUUGAUGUCUUACUUCUUAAUAGUUACGAUGUCUAUGAGCACAUUGAUAUGCGUUUUGGCUGUUGUUACAAUGCGUCUCCAUUUCAAAAAUCCUAAAUUGCCAGUUUCAAGUCGAUGUGUUUUUAUGCUUAAUGUUCUGAGACUCCGAUGCCUGUGUCAUAUUUGUAGAAAACGCAAGAAGAAGUCUAAAGUCAUUGACACGUCCUCGAAAUUGGAUGUAGUUUUUGUGAAAAGUAAAAUGGCCGAUGACAAAAAUACACAAGAUAAUGAAAAAGAGGAAAAAGUCACUUGGAAGAUUCUGGCGAAGGGAUAUGAUAAAAUAAUGACGUACUACUUUUAUAUUCUUGUGUUUCUACAGUGGGUUAUUCUGGGAGUGGUAUUAGCAGUGUGA